AUGCGUACCUACGACGAUACCUUCUCCGGCGAGAAGAUCUACCCUGGAAAGGGAAAGCUUUACGUCCGUGGCGACAGCAAGAUCUUCCGUUUCCAAAAUGGCAAAACCGAAUCCCUCUUCCUCCAACGCAAGAACCCCCGCCGGAUCGCAUGGACCGUCCUUUUCCGGAGACAGCACAAGAAGGGUAUCUCUGAGGAGGUAGCCAAGAAGCGCUCUCGUCGUACCGUCAAGUCCCAACGGGCUAUCGUUGGUGCCUCCCUCGAUGUCAUCAAGGAGCGCCGAAGCAUGCGCCCCGAGGCCCGCUCUGCCGCGCGCGCUCAGGCGAUUAAGGAAGGAAAGGAGAAGCGUGCCGCUGCACAGAGUGUCAAGAAGGCAGAGAAGGCAAAGACCGCUGCGGGUGCUGCGAAGGGCCAAAAUUCAAGAUUGACGAGCAAGCAGGGUGCGAAGGGUGCGCAAAUGAAGGUUCAGGCAAACACCCGUUAA